CCCAGCAACAUACCCUCCCCACAAUCCUAUGUGGGGGCUACCAUCUCAGGACCCCACAGUUCAUUGUGCUUGGUCAAAAGACAACUAAAUCUCAGGGAUAGGGAAGAACUGGCCUGGCCAAAGUGGGCGGAGAAGAGAAAAGACCACCGGUGUUAUUGCAUCUGGUCAACAAGAACAUCUCAGCUCAUUGGCCCUGGAGCAGGCCAAGAACUGCCUAUGCUCCUGCUCACAGCGUCCAGUUCAUCCCACUCCAGUGUGGUACUCCCUACCCCAUCCCUAGACACUCCUUGUCCAUCAACUCUUUGACCAAUACUUCUACUGUGUCACCUGGGCAAAGCUUCUUGAGAUUCCCUCUUUCCAAGAACACCUGAUCCUUCCUGAAGUCUGGAACAAGCAGGUACCCACAAACUAUUGUAGCCAACCUGGGCUCCUAUUUAUUUAUUUAUUUGUUUAUUUGAGACAGUGUGUGUGUGUAGCCUUGGCUGUUCUGGAACUAGCUCUGUAAACCAGCUGGCCUCGAACUCACAGAGUUUCAUCUGCCUCUACCUUCUGAGUUUAAAGGACUAAAGGUGUGCACCACAUCCUCCCAGCAUCCCUAAUAUUCUUGACCCACCAUCUAGGCUGUUGCCCAGGCCGGCCUAGCCAUGACCUUUCACCUCUAUUCCUGGGCUCCAAGACAAGUUCCCCAAAGGCAGCAGAGUGCUGGAGCAGCAGCAGAUGAGGGUUUUGCAUGAAGCAAUUGUGAGAAUAUAGGUGAGAUGGGAGAAGAAAGGGCAGGACAUUGAUGGGACAGAAAAGUGCAAAUUGAGUGUGUCUGAGUGUGUGCUAGGCUCAGUGAAGGGUCCCUGCUGAGUACACUUGGGACCAGGUGGGCACACUUGCUUUCCAAAGGAGAGGGGAUUUAUCUGAAUACAUGAGCGUCUACUCUCGGUCCUGAGCCCUAAGACUCAGCCUGUGCUGAUCCUGGACCUAUUCUGGCUCCACACCCAUUCUGGGCCUGCCAGGGAGAGACCAGCCAAUCUCUGAUGUCUAACGUGUUCAGGGCCACACCCCCAGCUGCUGUUACCUAGAAGGUAUAAAUAAACCUGCUUCAAAGCUCAUGGCCUGAGAAUUCACACCUGUCGCAGUCAGCCAGCUCCUGGAUGAACACACACAUCGUACCUUCCAUUCCCACGUACACAGAAGAGGUGCUCCAGCUGGACCGGUACCACAGAAGGCUGUUGGCUGCUGGCCUGUGGAGGAACACCUGCCAGGUGGAGCAGAGGCUGGGCCGGACCUGAAGGAGGGGGAACAAGUCAACCUAGAAGCGCAGAGCUUUGCUGUGACCAGGGAAGAGGAUCAUGCUCAGGAACUGCUGACUCCUGGCUACCAGCUCAGAAUCAUGUCAUCAGGCCCGCGGGUGUGGUAUACAGCUCACCGCCAGAGCAGCUCCACAGCCACGGUGCCCAGGUCGCCCGGCCCAGUUGGGAGCCCCAGGUCGCCCGGCCCAGUUGGAAGCCCCAGGUCGCCCGGCCCAGUUGGGAGCCCCAGGUCGCCCGUCCCAGUUGGGAGCCCCAGGACCCCCAGUACUCCUGGCUCAGAGAAGGUGGCCUCCCCACUGGAGUGUUCCAUCUGCUUCUCAGGCUAUGACAACAUCUUCAAGACACCCAAGGAGCUCUCCUGUACUCAUGUCUUCUGCCUUGAGUGUUUGGCUAGGCUGGCAGCUGCCCAGCCUGCAGGCCGUCCUGGCAGAGAAGCUGUACCCUGCCCAUUCUGCCGGCAGCCCACCACUGUACCUGCUGCUGGGGCUCCUGCGCUACGUACCAGCCGUCAGCUGCAGGCCAAGAUGCCGGUGCACUUGCAGAGAGAGGAGCCCGUGUGGCUUGAGGGCACCAAACUGUGUUGCCGCCCCUUGUCCACCACUUCUGGCCAAGGGGUCAGUGACUUUGUGUGUGUGGAUGUAGGCCUGAGCAAACCAGCGGAACCCACACUGCCUGCACCUAUCCAGGACCCCCCUGAACCCAGGCGAGGCUGGCUGGCCCGCUGCUGGACACGGUUUGGAGACUGGCGUCAGGUAGCACUAGUUUCUGUGCUGUUGCUGUUGCUAUUUUGUGUGGUCCUCUGGCCUGUGCACUGUGCAUUCAAAACUGGAAAUCUGCGAUGCAUUAACCGGCCAUCUGUAAUCACUGCUGCUGUCACUUCAACUACUGACACGCUCUUUUUUGGGCUCCUAGCUAACAAAUAGGAUCAACACUUUGUCCAGGCCAACUGUCCUGCUUGCUCCAUGGAUGGAUCCUGACCUAACAAGGUCAAGGACACAGCAGCUUUGGGAGUUGGUUUCCCAGAACCAAGGACAUGUAUGUGUCCCUCACUCUCUAGGGCUAGGUGCCAAUAGGAAGAAAAAGGUCUUCAAAGCCUCUAAGAAAUACAGGCAUCGGGCUGGAGAGAUGGCUCAGUGGUUAAGAGCGUUGCCUGCUCUUCCAAAGGUCCUGAGUUCAAUUCCCAGC